GUGGCGGUAAUGCACACCAGAGGGUUGCUUGCCAACCGCCAUUAAACAAAAGAAGAAAGAAGGUCACGCGUCACGAAAUACGUCUUUGAGUAACGGUCGAGUUUAAUACGGUUACAGAAUUACGUCAUCAUCUCCAAACCAACAGUCAUUAAUGAUACAUUUACAUAGCACUCACAGGACACAAGGUGCACGUAUUUGACGCUCAAACAAACCGCCAAACAUCCACUUUUAGCUCCAUCAACCUGCACCGAACAUGUCCUCGAAAUGCCCCAAGUGUGACAAGGUGGUCUACUUUGCUGAGAAAGUGUCAUCGCUAGGCAAAGACUGGCACAAGUUGUGUCUCAAGUGCGACCGCUGCAACCAGCAUCUUAACGCCGGCGGACACGCAGAGCAUGACGGGAGGCCUUACUGCCACAAGCCGUGCUACGCUGCCCUCUUCGGGCCAAAAGGCGUGAACAUCGGCGGCGCCGGCUCCUACGUGUACGACACCCCGGCCAACAACAUCAACAACAUCCCAACAACUGGCGGGGACUCCUCGUCCUCCAGAGCGGAGGAGAAGACCUUUUCAGGCAAGCCUCUCUCUAAGGCUGGCAGCAUCACCACCUUCUCCGACCUGUGUGCCAGAUGUAACAAGAAAGUGUACUUUGCCGAGAAGGUGACAUCACUGGGCAAAGACUGGCAUCGCCCCUGCCUGCGCUGUGAGAGGUGCGGCAAGACUUUGUCCGCCGGCAGCCAUGCACAGCAUGACGGCCAGCCGUACUGCCACAAGCCGUGCUACGCCGUGCUCUUCGGGCCCAAAGGCGUCAACACGGGCGGCGUGGGCAGCUACAUCUACGAGCCUGCGCAGUGAUUGCCCGCGCUAUUUUUGACGAGCAAAGACUAAAGUGCUUGUUUUACGUCCCAAAAUGUGGAGAGUAUUAGCCGUGGUGUGUUGUGUAUAACUGCACCCUCAUUUAUGAUUCCUGUCAUUUCAACACCUUGAAAAUAAGCUGUAACAUUUUUCUCUUGUUAUUGAUCGUAACAAUCUCGUUGUUUGUAUUCCGUUAGCUGCUAACGACUUUUACUGUAUUUUGUUUAUUAUUAUCAUUAUCUGUUGUUUCAUCUUAAGACACCUUGUAACUCAUCUAAAUAUUCAUUUUAAUGUGUUUCUGUACUCGACAGAUUGAUAUCUUGUAUAAACAAUAAAUCCACAAAAAAUGAUACAUUUAGUU